CGCCGCGCCGGCAGUGCACCCGCGCGCUUCGCUUUAUACGCACGUACCGAUACCGUAUCGCGAUCUCUACUGAUAAAUCGAUAAGGAUCCAACGGGAGAAUCUAGUGUUGUGCUUGUGAUAAAACUGAUCUCUGUUAUUGACAAACGUGUUAUCAAUUGUAUGCAUACGUCUCGACGGAGGUGAUUGGUGUAGCGUGAGAGAUACUUGAAGCAGUUGAGCUCUGUUAGGAGUUUUCUUUAAUUGUAUAAACAAGUGUAAGAAGAGCAUGCAGCAGCAGUUGUGAGCGUGUAGUGAGUGCAACAUGUUCGGGGGCGGCGGCGGCGCGAGCGGCGGCUACGGCGGCGGCGGCGGCGGCGGGGACUGCGCCGAGGGCUACGGGCUGGGCUACAUGGCCGGCGGCGGCCGCCUGCAGCAGUACGCCGCUCACUUCGCCCCGCACCAGAAUGUGUGGCAUCACCACCACGCCGCGCACCACGACGGUUACGGCGGCGGCGGGGUGGGCGGCGUGGGCUCGGUUGCCGGCGGGCUGUACGGACAGAACGUGGUGAUGGGCUCGUGGUGCGCGCCCUACGACGCCCUGCAGCGUCCGCCCGCUUAUGAUGGCGUGCUGGAGGCGUACGAGGAGGGCCGCGAGUGCGUCAACUGUGGCGCCAACAACACGCCGCUGUGGCGGCGCGACUCCACCGGCCACUACCUGUGCAACGCGUGCGGCCUCUACCACAAGAUCAACGGCGUGAACCGUCCUCUCGUGAAGCCGAGCAAACGGCUGAGCGCGGCGCGGCGACACGGCCAGUGUUGCACCAACUGCGGCUCGCGCAACACGACGCUGUGGCGGCGCAACCACAACGGCGAGCCGGUCUGCAACGCCUGCGGACUCUACUACAAGCUGCACGGCAUUAAUCGACCUCUUGCGAUGCGGAAGGAUGGCAUCCAAACAAGAAAAAGAAAACCGAAAAAGUCAGGAAGUGCUGCGAAACCGGCUCAGGAUGGAACUAAAAAAGAGGGGCACAGUUCACCCGGGAUGGAUGGAGACAGCAAGCCGGGCAUGUCGGAAGUACCGUUGCCGCUGACGUCGUCGAUGUCUAGCCACAGCGCGCAGGCGAAGCAGGCGCGCGAGCACGGCACGCCGGAGCCGGCGCACGCGCAGCUCGCCGCGCAGCACGCGCAGCACCCGCAGCACCCGCAGCAUCCGCAGCACGCGCAGCACGCGCAGCACGCGCAGUACCCGCUGCCGCUGGCGUCGUCGCCCGCGCUCUUCCCCAACCCUUCGCUGUUCAACAUCAAGAGCGAGCCGAGCGCCGCCGGCGGCUACGAGGGCUACGCCUCGCACGCCCCCGCGCACUACCACUCGCAGCAGCACUACUUGCACGCGUUACAGUACGGGCUCAGUAACGGCGAGGAAGAGGAAGGCAGCGGGUUCCUGCACCAGCGCAACGUGACCGCGCACGCCAAGCUCAUGGCGUCCACGUAGCGUCGCCACCACUGCACUGAAGGUAGUGCGCGGUACCGGCAGGCGGGCAGGCUGUGGUGAUAUUGGUAACCACGAAACGCUGUUUCCGCUGCGGAAAUACACUACCACGUUAACCCAGCGUGGGAACAAGGACUCACCCAGGAAAGGAAACGUCAAAAGCAAAGAUACCCUCCAAUGUCUGAACACGAGCGCCGAGGACCAAAAAGUCACUCAGCACAAAAUUUACUCAACAAAACUAGACGGCUAAUGGGGAUGUGAAGUUACUACGAUUAGAACACUAGUGCUGUUAGUACGUACCGUGCCAGUUGCGCCUACGAUAAAGGACUAAAUACUUCCAAAAUCCAGGAUGUAUAAUUGUGCUCUUGGAUCAACUUAUACGAAUAUAGUUUAGAAGCUGCUUGGUUUAAUAUAGCCAAAAGAGAAUUGUUGUCUUUCAAUAUAAUUUUAUUGUUGUAAAAUUGUGAUUGUGAUCUUUGGAAAAUAUUCAAUUCAAUUUUCCUAUAUUAUAUUUACCAUAAUAUUUAAAACUAGAUAAAUAAUAAUUAUGUAAUUUUAACUAAAUGUAAAGUAAAAAGGAAAACAUUUUUAAGUCGUAUCAAUGUAUAAUUAUAGAGAUCUCUAUUUGAAGCGAAUCUAGGGAAAGAUGAAUUGUAACAUAAUUAGGUUUGACUGUAAAGUGUUGUACAUAUUAAAUGCAUGACUAGCCAUAAUAUUCAGACUGUAUUUAGUUAGUUGUAUAUUUGUAUAAGUAGGUACCAUAUUUUUGGUGAUAAGACAUAUCUUGGAAGGAGUUCCACUAAAGAAUAGAGAUAACAGAGCUCCAUAUGUUCUAGAUAGGACAAGGUCUGGGGUUCCUGGCCACUCAUGAUAGAUACUAGUUUUAUUAAUAUUUAACUUUUACAAACCAACGACACUGCCUUUUACUAAUGCUAUACCUAACCCUCUGACCGUGUUUUUUUUUAUCACUACAAUAAAAUACAUCGCUUUAACAACAAAUAGCAGUACGAAUAUUUCGCCAUCUAGCGAGAUUCAGAGAAACAAUAUCGAUCGACCAAAACAAAAAUGGCGGGAUAACAACGUCAAUAAACAUAAAAAAUACGAGCACGUCGUAAUCGCGGGAUGCGUAAAAUUAAACUAGUAGAUACUGCACGCGGAAAUCGCGGAAUGUCGGCUCAGAGGGUUAAGAGAGAUGUAUUUAUUUAUUAAAAGUAAACCCCUAUAUACUAUUCAAGCAUUAUUCCAGUUUUUUGAAGAUGGCAAUACUGACAUAAUAGGUGCACCUAAAUACAUCUAACCUGAAGAGUUAAGUAGGUAAUUUGGUGGGUGGUUGGUGCUAAACGUUACAAUUUAUAUGAUAAUAAAAUAUAGACAUUUUCUAAUAUUGUUUUGUAUAAAUAUCCCCAGAACCUGCACAUUAUCCGAACAUUCUUGAAUCACUUAUGAUACCUAAUAAAAAUAAUAAAGUUGUUAAUAAAUAUAAAAUGUAUUUUACAAAGUCGCUGUCCAGGUCUCCAAGGAAGACUAAAUAGGUAUCGAUUGAAACAAUAAUAAAACAAGUAUUACUAUAGUUUAUUAUAUUUAGUAUUAUAUAAAUAUUUGUUAUUUUUAUCCUUAACAGUAACGGUCAACACUGUUUGGGGACGAAUAAGGGAAUGUGCCACCGUUACGUUGUAUAUAAAAAUUGCUAUUAUGUAAACUAAGUAAUAAACAGUAUUCGUAUUGUCACCUUUAUACACUAUGGACUAGUACACAAAAUAACAACUAGAACUCUUCUUUGCAUGAUUUUUUAUUGGUGAAAUAAAUCAAGAUGAUAUAUUUUUUUUUUUUUAGUACGUUUGUUCCGUUUGGAACAGGCUAAGGUCGGAGACCAUGCUGCCUAGUCUUCAAAAAGAUAAUUUGUCUGGAAUCAAGAUGAUAUAAUUCAUGUUCAAAAUUAAAGGAAAAAUGGUUAAGAAAAUAAAUUUGACAGCUAUGUUUUUUUUCUGCAAUGGACAUUAAAAAGGUAUCCAGACACGAUCAAUUUAAAAUGAACUUGGACUUUUAUAUAAUUUUUCGGCAUUCAAUGUUAUGAUGGAAAUUUCCACCAUUAUGCAAAGAAGGGUGAACAUUUAAAGUGUAAUUCUAAGACCCGAAUGGGUGAGGGUGAGCAGGGCAUGGGGCAAGAGGCUGAAUGGCGCCUUAUCACUAGAUUCACUUGUGUGUCAUUAUUAUAUGUAUUUUUUCAGAACAGUUAUUCAUCAACAGUUUCACAUAAAUUUAAAUAUCUACUUUUUAAACAUAUUGUAUGUAGUAAUAUGAGUGUACCAAAACGGUAUAGGUUCCACUUGAUUGUUUUAUAAAAAUAAAUGUUUGAUUUCAUAAUAAAAAAGGUAAAAUGUUCGUAGUAAUAUGAAUGCUUUCAAUAUUUCAGUGAGCAGUAAAUUAUUUUAUAAGACAGUAAAUGUAUUAAAUUAUAAGGCGUCAUCCAGUGUAGAAUUCAGGUUGUGGGGCUGCAACUGUAUAAAACAACCAUGACUUUAUUAUGUAUGCAAUAAUCUCACUAUGACGUCACUCUCUAUGAGACUGACUCUAUGGAUAACUAUCUAGUUUAGUUGAAUACUUAAAUGGCAUUUAUUAAGUAAAUUGUACAUAUUAGUUCAUUUAGAUAAUUACAAUAGUAUUUGUAACAGUUUCAGACUUCGCACACAUUGUAUCACAGUACUUAAGGCUAUAGUAACGGAGAUAUAUGUACAAAUUGUACUAUUACUAUGUAAAAUACAUAUUUCGAGCACG